UACCAUUCCUCGUAUCCUCACAGCAAAGACGAGGGCAAAAGGUACCCCAGCGCUUCGUGCAAACAGCAGAGAGACGGAAGAGGGGAGCAUCAUCAAUCUACUCUCAGCCAAAGGCAUAAAAUAUUUGAAAAGGAAAAAAAACUGAAACAAGUAAAACAGGCGAUUUAAAACAGGUAUGGAGAGCCUGUUAGAUAAUCCUAUGAAAGCCGUCCUAUAUCUGAAAGAACUAACCACCAUUGUGCAAAACCAACAGAGUCUGAUUCAGACGCAAAGGCAGCGGAUAGACGAGCUCGAGAGGAAGGUGGAGGAACUGAUCGGCGAGAAUCGGCAGCUGAAGGACCAUCACCAACCCCAUCACUACCACCACCAUCAUCAUCACCUUUCCCCUCGUAGCACUAGCCCGCAGCCUCCCGUGUUACUGCACCAGCACCCGGGGAAUAAAGCCGGAGCCCACUCCGGUCAGCCUCAGCCGCAGCAGAUUCAGUCUUUACCGGCACAGACUCAACAUCCCCCUCCACCACCGCCGCCGCCACAUCAGCAGCAGCAGCUGCAACUGGUGCCCGCUUCGCCUCCGUCCCCUAAACCGGGACAGUCGAGCCCAGACCCAGCGGAGGAGAGGAGAAGCCCGUGCUGCAAGUCUCUCGUCCCACAGACACCCACAACACUCUGCAGGGCUGUGGGAAUCGCAAGGAAACCGGAGAACGAGACUGUGCUGCAUCAGUUCUGCUGCCCUGCUGCUGACGCUGAUCAAAAAACUGAUUCCAGUUGUUCCACAAGCGACUCCAAUCCAGCAAGCUGUGACCUGGGGGAGGCAGGUGAGACCGAGGGCAAGGGGAAUGAUGUGGGUGCAACGCCCGGCGGAGUGGAGGAGGGCACAGGUGCCCGGGGGGGGCCCUCCUCAGCGGGGCAGAAAGCCAGUCUCCACCACACCGCCUCUCCCAUGAGAGUGCAGAGGAACAAGGGGCCCAGCGCCUGCUCCCACUCCUCCUCUUCCGACUAUGAGCUUUCGCUUGACCUCAAAAACAAGCAGAUCGAAAUGUUAGAGCACAAAUAUGGGGGCCAUCUGAUCUCUCGGCGUGCUGCUUGCAAAAUCCAGACUGCCUUCCGACAGUACCAGCUCAGCAAGAACUUUGAGAAGAUCCGCAAUUCCCUCCUGGAGAGCAGACUGCCACGGCGUAUCUCUCUGCGCAAGGUUCGUGUGCAGAACACUGAAGGCUUCUCUGCGGAGAAAGCUCUAGUUGAAGGCUACAACUUUGUGGGCAUCCCACUAGUGCGCUCUCCAUCACUCCCCGCCACCAUCAGCGGGGCUCUUACUGAGCUGGAGGACUCCUUCACUGAGCAGGUCCAGUCCCUGGCCAAGUCCAUCGAUGAUGCCCUCAGCACCUGGAGUUUGAAGACAAUGUGCUCCUUGCAAGAUGGUGGCACCUACCAGUUUACAGAAACCUUUCAAACAGGUGCACCUGGAGUAGGGGCUGGAGAGGUGGGUCUGAGUGAUGCUUCAGAUCAGGAGAAAAAAGAGGGUGAAACUUCUGACUUGCCCCACAGUGGGAGCACAUUAAUGAUGGCUUUCCGGGAUGUGACAGUGCAAAUAGAUAACCAGAAUUUCCACAUGUCCUCCUCAGUGAUGGAGUCCACUUCUCUUUCACUAAGUAAUUGUCUCCAGCAAGGCAGAGAGACCAAGGAGCCCCAAGAAUCAGUUCAAGAGGACCCCCAAGAUGGAAAUGACCCAGACUCCAGUGAAGAUCAAAAUGAGUUUCCAGACCCCCCACCCAGUGAAGAGGAGAGCAGCUUAGAGCAGCAGCUGGCCCUGCAAAAACUGGAGGUGGCUGAGCCCGAAGAAAACCAGGAAGUGGUGGAGGUAAAGCGCAGUGAGUCAGAGACUGCAGAUAACAGCUCAGAGCAAAUGAGCAGCAGCAGCACCUCCACCUCAGCCAAGUCGACCUCUGAAGUCUCCUCAAAAGAAGCAUUACAGGCUAUGAUCCUCAGUCUUCCCCGCUACCAUUGUGAGAACCCAGCCAGCUGCAAGUCACCCACCCUCUCCACUGAUGUCAUGCGCAAGCGUCUCUACAGGAUUGGGCUCAACCUUUUCAAUGUGAACCCGGACAAAGGAAUUCAGUUCCUCAUCUCUCGGGGCUUUAUUCCGGACACUCCCAUUGGUGUGGCACACUUCCUAUUACAGAGGAAAGGGCUGAGCCGCCAAAUGAUUGGCGAAUUCCUGGGCAACAGCAAGAAACAAUUCAACAGAGAUGUUCUAGACUGUGUGGUGGAUGAGAUGGAUUUUUCUGGGAUGGAGCUGGAUGAAGCUCUUAGGAAGUUUCAGGCACAUAUCCGGGUGCAAGGAGAGGCCCAGAAGGUUGAGAGGCUCAUUGAAGCAUUCAGCCAACGCUAUUGCAUGUGCAAUCCAGAUGUGGUGCAACAGUUCCACAACCCUGAUACCAUCUUCAUCCUGGCCUUCGCCAUCAUCCUCCUCAACACUGAUAUGUACAGCCCAAAUAUCAAGCCUGACCGCAAGAUGAUGCUGGAAGACUUUAUUCGUAACCUGCGUGGAGUAGAUGACGGCGCAGACAUCCCUCGGGAGAUGGUGGUUGGCAUCUAUGAGAGGAUCCAGCAGAGAGAGCUGCGAUCUAACGAAGACCAUGUCACUUACGUCACCAAGGUGGAGCAGUCCAUUGUGGGCAUGAAAACCGUUCUGUCUGUGCCUCACAGGAGACUUGUGUGCUGUAGUAGGCUCUUUGAAGUCACAGAUGUCAAUAAGGCUCAAAAGCAGGCAGCUCAUCAGAGAGAAGUGUUCCUCUUCAAUGACCUGCUUGUGAUUCUGAAGUUAUGUCCAAAAAAGAAAAGCUCUGCCACCUACACAUUCUGCAAAGCUAUGGGCCUUCUGGGAAUGCAGUUCCACCUCUUCGAGAAUGAGUACUACCCCCAUGGGAUCACUAUCGUGUCUCCUUACUCUGGGUCAGAGAAGAAACAGGUGCUGAAUUUCUGUGCCCAGAGUGCAGAAGAGCUGCUUAAAUUUGUGGAAGACCUGAAGGAGUCAAUUGCUGAGGUGACUGAGAUGGAGCAGAUCCGCAUUGAAUGGGAGCUAGAGAAACAACAGGGGGCAAAGACUCAUUCCUCCAAAAACAACGGAACACAGCUGGAGAGCCGAGGAAAGCAGAGCUCCCCGCCAGGCAAGCAGGAUCUUGAUGAAAAGACAGGGAACAACAAAGUUGAGGUGUCAAUUCACAACAGGCUUCAAACGUACCAGCUCAGUGCGUCCCGGAACCAAGAGAGUGGAUCCCAACCGGGCGCCCAUCUUAACCAGCGGGGGGAGCUCUACCACCAACCACUCCAGCCUGGAUUUGGGACACCAGGCCACCAACCAACUGCAGACCUGCACCCAGAAACACUCAUCCAGUGCCAACAGAUUGUCAAGGUGAUUGUACUCGACAAGGGCGGACACAACCGCAUGGAGGCCUUCCUCAGCCAGACUCCUACCCACCAGCUCAUCCAAUCCGCUGCCUCCACUCCAAUGAGGUCACCAGAGGGUGGGAACCAGGGGACACCCAUGAAGAGCAGCCCUCAGCCUCCACUACCCCCUCCACCACCACCUUACAACCAUCCACACCAGUACUGCCCGCCGAACCCACUCAUGAGUAGGCGAAGGUACUCAAGUGGCUCUCGAAGUUUAGUGUAAAUAGCUCCCAGAGAGACUUUUUAUAAAGAAGAAUCAUACAGUAUAUAAUAUACUAUAUAUGUAUAUAUAAAUAUAUAUA